CCCCUCGACUUGGGACAGUUUAUUUCUCAGUACACCCCUAUAAAGCGGUGGUAUCGUCCACGCCCCGGAAACGCCGGCGAGCAGUAGAAGUGAUCUGACAGCCGACUGCUAACUGCUAACCGCUAACCGCUAACUGUAGAAAGAAGAAUCCAGGCCGUUGGGCAGACAGCAGCGCAGUAUCUGAAACACUGGACAAGCUCAAUCUCUUAGAUUUGAAUGGACAAGGCAGCCAGAAGUACACAGCCCAGCUAAUGAAGCCCAUUAAAGGUUCAGUGAUGCCUGUGAAGAAGAAGAGGAAGCUCCCUGAUGCAGAUGACAAUGAGCGCAAGUGUAAAAUCACAAGUUUCACCCGACCUCAGAUCCGUGGUGCCAGGCCGAUCGCUGAGAAGUUAUUCUCCAAUAAGAAGUGCCUGGCCUGGUUCCACGAGUAUGCCGGUGCUGACAAAGUGGUCGGUCCGGAGGCCAUGGAGAAGUUCUGUGAAGACAUUGGUGUGGAACCAGAGAAUAUUAUCAUGUUAGUCUUAGCCUGGCAUCUAGAAGCAGCAAAUAUGGGGUUCUUCACAAAAGACGAGUGGCUCAGGGGAAUGACGUUAUUACAGUGUGACUGUACAGAGAGGUUACAGAGCAAACUGGAUUAUCUGCGCAAUGAGCUGAAUGACACUGUAGCCUUCAAAAACAUCUACAGAUAUGCUUUUGACUUCGCCAGAGAUAAGGACCAGAGGAGUUUGGAUAUGGAUACAGCUAAAUCCAUGCUGGCCUUGCUGCUGGGGAGAACAUGGCCCCUUUUCCCAGUCUUCCACCAGUUCCUGGAGCAGUCCAAGUACAAGGGGAUGAAUAAGGACCAGUGGUAUAACGUUCUGGAGUUCAGCAGGACCAUCAACACAGACCUCAGUAACUAUGAUGAAGACGGAGCUUGGCCAGUGCUGCUAGACGAGUUUGUGGAGUGGCAGAAAACUUGGUCGUCAUCGUAGCAGACGACGUCACAACACCAAAAAGGAGAAAGAGGGAGAGAGAGAGAAAACAAAAACCACAAACACAGGAAGAAUCUCUUUAUCGUUUCAGAAAAAGGAAAACUGCAGAUCUAACCAACACCUUGAUAGACUCAAACAAUUGUCACACUCACACAAACCCAAACCAAUAUGGACUACAGAAUCCUCCAUGUGGACUCUGGGUACACACACAUCCCAUCAGAGAUCGUCUCUGUGCAUCGUCAGCCAGCUGUGGUCAAGAAGCCUUUCUCUCACUGAGUAGACUUUUUAUAGUGGUAAUUUGGAGAAAAGGAAAUGGGGGGGGGGGGGAGUUCUUAAAAUAAGAAUACAAACAAAAAAAAUGAACAGAGCGAAGAGCUGUGGAAUUUAUGUUUUCUGGAUAAUUAUUUUUUUCCCAUUUUGUGUCUUGUUUGUAGAUGUUUUCACAGUAAUAAAAAGGAAAUGAAAGUA